GUAAGCAAGAGACCAUGCGGGAAAUAAACUUCGCGAUGAGAAGGUGACAAUGUUUUUAAUGAUUCCUUGAUGAUAUAUCUCAGAGAAUGUGAUAGAACAGAACCUGGGAUCGCCCAUGAAAGCAUUUCGUGCUUCCUUCUGGCGACAACUUACCAUUCUGGCAAACAUGGCUAGCGUGUCUGCGGGUGGGAAAGAGUGUCUCGUUUCGGAGUCGUUGCAGAAAUCGGUGUCAACCUCCGCCGGCAGCGAAACGACAAACAAUGCAGAAAAUCCGAAGUGCCUUCGGCUGAAUUCUGUUAUCGGUGACGGGGAUAAGGAAAACGACCUGUUAUUUUGUGGGAACCUGGCAACUGGGAAGGAACAUGUUGUGUAUUUCGGAGGUGAUGUGCAGGACUUUCGAGAAAACAUGCUCUCCCACAGAGAUAACCAUAGGCACGUGCGCUGGUGUUUGGAGGAAACCGCCACACUUUUGCACAGGCGGUUUCCUGAGGGAAAUAUCUGGGUUGUCAAACCAUCAGCAAUGUACCUCAAGACGUUGAGUGUAUUUUGCAAUUUUGUGGAAACCGACGGAAUUGGGACGCCGACUUUCAGUGAAAAUCACGGCGCAAUGCAACAUUUAAUAGCUUUACUGUCCAAUGGGAUGCAGUUGAUAAAGAAGUUGUCAUCUGUUGAUACGCGGCUAAUGACCUCGAAGGAAAACGAAGCAAACAAGGACGAUGGUCAAGAUGAAGUCGUGCGUUUUACAGCAUCAUUUGACAAAAUUCAAGAAAGCCAGCCGGAUUCUCUUCCAGUCAGAUUGAUAGGUUUCAGCAAAGGUUCAGUGGUCUUAAAUCAGCUUCUACACGAGGUGCAUUUGGUAGACAAGGAAGAACCGAUCAAGAAUGCAUUUUCAAGAGUCACUGCGUUUUAUUGGCUCGACGGUGGCCACGCGGGGAAUUUGAACACGUGGAUCACUGACGUCAGCGUUCUGAAAAAUUUAAGAAAAAUUAAUGCGGACUUGCACGUGCAUGUCACGCCCUAUCAGAUGGAAGACUCUAUGCGGCCUUGGAUUGCGAAAGAAGAAAAAAAGUUUGUUUCCAGGCUACGGUCUUUGGGUUUGAAUGUCAUUGAAACAAAACACUUUGAAGGCGAAGAUAGAUCGAUUGAGAUACAUUUUCUAGUGUUGGAAUCGUUUUGAUAGUCAUACGGUCAAUUUUUUCGUUGCAUUUAAAGUGUUUUAGUAAAUUGGAUUACCUGAGCUUAUUUGUUUGUUGUUUAUUGUUGAGUAUCCGUAAGAUUCCCAGUGCAUACUACUUGGCAACAAUAACCGGCCGCUACUGUCAUAACGG